CGCCGCAGACCCGCAGUGCGCAGCCACCCCGCGCCCCCGUUAAAACCGAGGGUUUGGCCGCCGCCCACUCCCACCACUACGCCCCCCUGCCCCGCUCCCUCCCUCCGGUCUCUACGCCGCGACGGGUGACGGAAAGCGACGCGGCGCAAGCGAGAGGGGACGAGGGCCAGCCAAGGGUAGACCGCUCCGCCGCCUCCGCCGAUCUCCGCGUCGCCGCCGCCUCAGGCGCGAGGUACCUGCCUCUACCUUGCUCACUCAUUGUGUCAGGUUUCAAGAUGUCGACCAGCACAUUUGCUUCUUCCUGUGCGCUCUUGGGCAAUGUUAGAACACAGGCCUCCCAGACAGCAGUGAAGAGCCCUUCAUCUCUGAGCUUCUUCAGCCAGGGCAUGAAGGUUCCAAGUCUCAAGGCCUCCAAGAAACUUGACGUCUCUGCGAUGGCUGUCUACAAGGUGAAGCUUGUCUCACCAGAAGGGGUAGAGCAUGAGUUUGAGGCUCCAGACGACACCUACAUCCUCGACGCAGCUGAGACCGCUGGAGUGGAGUUGCCAUACUCGUGCCGUGCUGGGGCUUGCUCCACCUGCGCUGGCAAAAUUGAGGCUGGCUCAGUCGACCAGUCGGAUGGAUCCUUUCUUGACGACGGGCAGCAGGCUGAGGGCUAUGUGCUGACAUGCGUCUCCUACCCCAAGUCUGACUGCGUCAUCCACACCCAUAAGGAGGGUGACCUGUACUAGGGCUAUGUCUUUUCAGUCUGCCAAGGGGUCAAUGCUCUUAAGUGUGUUGUCAAGCAAGCUCCAUCCUUCCUACCAGUUGUGUGAACUGUCUGGCAUCAAACUUGCAUGGUGGUUGUCUUGUCUGUUGCAUUAGCGUGAGUUCAGGGUUGGCGCUUAAGGUUGGGAACCCGUGGGAAUACUAGCUAGCAAUAAAAACUGAUGCGAUGCCAUAAUAGUAUAAUAUCAUGGCCUUUUUUGUAUGUUCGGGUGCAUGUUUUUUCAGUUGUUGAUUCUGGAUCUCACUGUAGCAUUCAAAUUUCGGAA